AUGGAAACCUUAGCGCCAUACAUAGAUCCUUUGAUUCAACUUUUGAAAGACACCGAACUGAACAAGGACAAAUGCAAGUCGAGCGAGUUGAUCCGGCACAUAAACAGCAUAAAUGACCAUGAGAUCAAAACUUGGUGUAUACAAUCAUUCGAAAUUCUCAAGGAUCUAGAAACAAUCGAGCUCAAUAUCUAUAAUUGGGAAUUUCAAACUCUGGAAUUCAAGCUUUCUCAGUCGUUGAUUCUUGAUGAAGAGGAUCAAAGGAAGCGUACCUUUAAUUCCAGGCUCGCUCGAAAAGUCGCCAAUAAUUGUUUGGAAUUACAUAAAAACUUGCAGCAGCUUGGAAUAGAAAUAGACGAAGUCAAUGCAGGAGCACGAUUUAUGACUCCCUUGCAGCGGAUCAGUGAUCCUGGGACAAUUUUAACCGAGUUGAUGUUGAGAGUGAUGAAAUUGAGAUCCGGCUUAAUUGACCAGGUCUCUAUUCAUUACUCGAAAGCAAAACUGGUUAACAUAGGGAUAGAUCUUGAAAAUCUUAUCUACGAAGAGGAGGACCGCAAGUAUGGCGAUAUAACGGAGGAAACAGUUAUCAACUACAAACAUUUUAUCAACAAUUUACUUCAACAAAUCAAUGACUGUAUCAGCACUGGUGACACAAUAGGGGCUAUGGAAUGUAUCUCCAUUGUUGCUGAAGUGGAGAAAAUGUUUGAGGCCAUGAAGUUAGACAGACUGUCACGUCAACGAGAAAGAUUGCUGUCAUCGCCUGAAUCUACCUCGGAUGAGCUGGGCGAAAGACCCGAUUCUCCAGCUUCCUCCUCGAUAACUAUGUCUGAGACCUUAUGCGGUGAUGAUGAAAAUCCAGAAAAGGCAGAUUAUUUGAAACGGGCCAAAACCGAGAGAUUUCGUAGCUUCCAUGCGGCACACAACUCUUCAUUGCAUAAGACUACUCUUACAGAAAAGCUUCCUUUCUUGAUGCAUGCUUUCGAAGAAGCCAGAUCCAUUGAAGAAGACAUCAGAGGUGUUAUGGAAUCUUCUGAUAUAAAAGUCACGGACAGAAAGCAAAAGGAAUUAUCUCCGCGCUCCACUGCAUUUUCAUCAAGCUCUUCCAUCGUGGAAGAACCUAGUACGAAAUUUUCGCUUUAUCGCUCGCUCAACAAUCCGUUGCUGAACGCGUUGGUGAGCCCCUCAAAGCCGGUUUAUAUUCAAGAUCUAUCGCAUCGUUUCGAAAAACAAGAGCCUAAACUUGCUCUACAUGCAAAACCUCAGCAUGGCUCUCACUCAAGAGCCGUUACUGGCGCUGAAAAAAAGAAAUUGUACUAUGACAUUGAGAAUGUCAUUGACUAG